AUGGCGAACAUAGUGCUGGAGUUCAAGGCGUCUGCUGGUGAUUCUGACCCGCAGAAUCGUCCUGUCCUGAUUAUCGGACAUGAAGCAAACCUACAGCAAGUCAGCUGGAGCCAGAUCAAAGGAAAACUACAACCAGUUGUUAGCAAAGAGAUCUGGCAGGCAGCUCUCAGUGCUUUGAAACCAAACCCCACAGACAGCUGCCCUCUGUACCUUAACCAAGCUGCAGUGGCUGCCCUUCCUUCACGGGUCAGCAGACACAACAGCCCUUCCUCUGCCCACUUUGUGUCCCGUCUGGUCCGUUCCUGCCUUCCUGGAGGGAAAAACCGUUGCAUAGUGAUGGUGUGUGAGCGUUCUGAUGUGUUUGCAUCCUCCUGCGCCAUUGCCAGGGCCUUUCCUAUCUUCUCUCGCCGCUCUACAUCCUCAUGCAGGACUGAGAAGAAGCAUGUGACAGUCGAGUUUUUGAUUGUUGGGCAUGACAGCAGUCCUAUGGAUGCUGCAGACCUUGAGUGUCUUUCCAACGCUGCCGAUGGUGUACGGCUGGCAGCUCGCAUUGUGGACACACCAUGCAAUGAGAUGAACACAGACAACUUUCUGGAGGAAAUAAAGGCUGUAGGAGCUGAACUUGGAAUUACUCCAGUGAUAAUUCGUGGAGAGGAGCUGAAACAAAGAGGGCUUGGAGGUAUUUAUGGUGUUGGAAAGGCUGCAGAGCAUCCUCCUGCAUUAGCUGUAUUGAGCCACACACCUGAUGGGGCGACUCAAACCAUUGCAUGGGUGGGCAAGGGUAUUGUGUACGACACUGGUGGACUCAGCAUCAAGGGAAAGACAACUAUGCCGGGGAUGAAGAGAGACUGUGGUGGAGCUGCUGCCAUUUUGGGAGCUUUCAAGGCCACUAUUAAACAGGGAUUUAAGGAUAACCUCCAUGCAGUGUUUUGUCUCGCCGAGAAUUCAGUUGGGCCCACAGCUACACGUCCUGAUGAUAUCCACACUCUCUAUUCUGGAAAGACAGUGGAAAUCAACAACACUGAUGCAGAGGGCAGGCUGGUGCUAGCUGAUGGAGUGGUAUAUGCCUGCAAAGACCUGUCUGCUGAUAUUAUUCUGGACAUGGCCACACUGACAGGGGCCCAGGGAAUCUCCACAGGAAAGUACCACGCUGCUGUGCUGACCAAUAACGAACAGUGGGAGGUUGCGUGUGUGCGUGCAGGCCGCAGCAGCGGGGAUCUCGCUCACCCUCUGGUUUACUGCCCUGAGCUCCACUUCAGCGAGUUUACCUCUGCUUUGGCUGACAUGAAGAACUCUGUGGCUGACCGUGAGAAUGCCCAGAGCUCCUGUGCUGGCCUCUUCAUUGCUUCCCACUUGGGUUUUGAUUGGCCAGGUGUAUGGGUCCAUGUUGACAUUGCUUCUCCAGUUCAUGCAAGGGAGCGUGCCACAGGAUUUGGCGUUGCUCUGCUCAUGGCCUUGUUUGGUCAGGCAUCGGAUGAUUCCAUGCUGAACCAAGUGUCUCCUCUGGGUGCACCCACCAACAAGUCCGAAGACCAGAUGGAGCGUGACUGUAAAAGACGAAGACUGGUGUAGAGCAUACAACUGUUCACUCCAUGACUGAACCGCUGCCACCACGCACCCAAACUGUUGAAGCUCAUCUAGUUAGUUGAAAGAUUUUAAAAUAGUUCGACAGGCUAUUUGAUUUGAAUUGGACUUUAGUGAAUAAAACAGACGAUCAUUAAAUCAAACGUGAUUAAAUUACUGUGAUCAAACACAGACCCACACUUGUCCUCAUUGUUGUGCACAAACUGUACUGAUUAACUCCAUAGCUUCUCCCUUACUGUUUCAUUUUGAAAAGGUAAAGUAUAACAUUAAAAUCAGAGAAACGCAGGUUUUUGGUGGUUUUUUUUUCUUUUUCUUUUUUUAAGUAAACUUUGCAGUUAUUAGCAGUUUAAGAUUUUACCACAUACUUCACUGACUUUGGUUUCAAUGUCCUCAGCAGCAGGAUGUUUUUUAAAUUAAUACUUUAUGCAAAUUAAUGAUAUUGUCAUACAUUUUGUCUUAGGGCAUUGGAAAGGUUACUAGAUCAAGAUAAGUAAAGUCAGAUUUGUUGUUGGUAAUCACCACACUUUGUUUUCAUCCUGAUUGUUAUAGCUGGAUGGUGUGAUCGCUGCACCAAACAGGAAUACGUGUUCACUGCAGGUUUUAACUGUUUUCACAGUGUUAGAAAAACAUGUUCUGUCAGCAUAGAACACACAUGCAAAAUGUUAAUUGUAAGUUGAAAUGUAAGAUUUCUGCACAAUACACUGUUUUUCCAUACUUGUGCCAAUCAUGUUGUCCUUCAAUAAAGGCAGUUGGUCUUC